AUGAUCCCGAUCACUUACAACGCUUACAUUCCACCGACCGCCCAUGAAGCCACACACUCGGAAACCCGCUUAGUCGUCAACACGGCUUCAAUCUCCGUGAUGAUGGACGAGAAAGACCAAGGAGAGCUUCGCUCGAAGAAGACGUUUCAAGCUGCCGCAAAGGCUUGGAAGGGUCUGGUGUUGAAGGCAUCCUCUUCACUCAAAAGAUCCAAGAGUCUCAGUACUCUCAAGCGUCUGUCGAGCAUGUCUUCUCGACGUGACCGUGGCAAGCACUCGCGCUCCAAGUCUGCGAACAACAUCGACACAGCGGGUGAUCUCAACGACCACAAUCCCCAUCGCCUUUCGAUCAUCGAAGAGGCGUCUCGCGAGUCGUCCCGCGAAGUUCACCUUGCCAACAUGUACGACGAGCAGGGCUUCCUCAGCGAGGACCACGAGGACGUCUACAAUCUCAACGAGUUUGGGAUGAUGAACUCCAACGUCGGACCCCAUGGCCAGGAGAAUGUAGCCUUUACCCAUGACACGCUCUUAUACGGCAAUUGGGAGCAAGACAAUAACUUGCGCGAGUUCAACCGUUCUUCGAGCCCGGAUACCGUCGUUUUUGACCAUGCCCGAUAUGCUGGUGUCAACCUCUGGGAGGUGAGCAUCAGCACCGAUUCGGAGUCGUACUCGCGUUCGGUCCAUGAAGUGCCGGAUCCCAGCAUCCAGAUCGAGGGAUUCCCCACGACCAAGGACUGGUCCAUCUUCCAGAGCAACCUGGUCGAUUACGGUUUCGAUGGGCCUGGCCCUCAGAUCCCUGGCUGCUCCGCCGGCCACCCUUACGCGAAAGAGUGGAAGAUGACAGACUCCAUGAUGAAGGCCUACGAUGCUGUCCGCGGCUCCAUGAGGGAUGCGAGCGACCCGCUGCGAUCUUGGAUGGAGGUGAAGGCUUUCGAGUCUGCUCUUAGAGCUAAGAGAGACGGUGCCAAAGUUGCGGUUGACGGCCCGUCUUGCCAGCAUGAUGAGAAGCCCGACGUCAAGGGAAAAGGAAAAGCUGUUGAUGGUGGUGCUUUUACUCACAGCCAGCCUUGUGAGAUGCCCGAGCGUAAGGGAAAGGAAAGGGCUGUCGACGGUGGCGGCUUUGCGCGCGGCGAGUCCCAGACAGCUUCCAAGACGCAGUCAUCUCUUGUCAAGGGAACCGAGACUCCAGGCUUGAACACUGAGCUGGAGCGAGAGACGGAUGACUAUGUCAAGAUGCUCGACGACACUCAUUUGCUAUCUCAAGAGUACGCCCCGGAUACGGCGGACAGGAAGGCAGCCUACAAUGUCCCUCGCCCCAACUAUCUCCACGUCGUGCCCGAUUUUGAGGGCUUCAGAUUCGAGGAUUACCUCCCUCCGAUUGCCGAGGUCUCUGGGCCCUCUUUCAAGGGGCUGCUCCCCUACAAGCUGCCCUACGAUCCGGCCCGCAACUUUGUCAAGGACUACGGUAUCUCGGACGACGAGGGUGAUCCCGCGUCUGGAAGAAUUUCUCCUUGUACUUUCCGCCUUCUUGCCGAGGGCUGUGCCGAGCAGAACACUGACGGCAAAAUAUUCCCGGCGGAGGAUGCUCGGCGUAUGCGUCCCGCGACUGCCAUGGACGAUGGCCCUCCUAAAGUGAAAGUCCCUGACCGUCUCAGAAUGGAGUUCGAGACCCAGAGAGACAUCAACGACAAUGGCUAUCUCACGCCCUGCUACUCUCUUGAUUCCGAGCCUUCCAUCCUCUACCUGCCUGCUGGUGUGACCUUGCAGCACAAGAUGCGCAACUGGUGGUUCGGCCUCUUCGACCGCAUGAACCCCGAAGUCGGACGUAACUUCCGCAAGAUCGAGUAUCACGAACAGGGCGACCCUCCAAUUGCGCCCCCCGCGCCCGUCACUGAUGAUUCUACGACCAAUACUGAGCCCGGCACCAUCUAUGCCGAGCACUACACCCACUCCGAGGUCGAAGAGAUCCUCAAGACUCCCGGUGCCCGCAAGGUCGCCGGCGUCGAGGCGGCGAGCGCGGCUAACCUCAUCACGCAGCGCCAGAAGACCAUCCUCCGCUGGAAAACCCGGGACGAGGAAGUCACUCGCGAGAACGCCGUCCUGCGCGACGACGUCGGCCGGGCCCAGAAGGAGCUUCGCGAGAUGCGCCUGUCUGUCGACCACGUGUUGGCGCAGAGGGCCGCCAAGGAGCGCGCCGACCGGGAGCGUGCCGCGCGGGAGCUCAGAGAAGCUUGGGAGCGCAAGGCCGCCUGGGAGAAGGCUGAAAAAGAGAGAAAAGCCGCGCGGGAGCUCGCCGAGAAGGAGCGCAAGGCUGCCGAAGAGCGUGCGGAGCGAGAGCGCAAAGCUGCCGAGGAGCGCGCAGAGCAGGAGAGAAAGGCUGCCGAGGAGCUCGCCAAGCGCCUGAAGCACGAGAAGCGUGUGCUGCGCCGUGUGUCUGCGCACUUGCACGACUUGCGGUACGAGGUUCAGGCCAAGUUCCACUCCCUCAAGGACGCCGAGGAGGAGAAUGAGAAGAUGAAGAGUGAGCUGGUUCGGGUCAAGACCCGUAUCAAGGACGAGUGCUCGAGAGCCAACUUGGCGAAUCCCGAGGAGGUUCGCCGGGCUGUCUCGCAGAACUUCCGGGACAAGAUGGCGGCUUUGGACCUUACUGGUUGA